AUUCUCCCUAAGUACAGUGAAGCCAGCCGGCUCCAACUCGGUUUCUUAUGUGCGUGAUCCUGGGCUUACUCCUCAGAGCCCUCGUUGAGAAUAAUUGAGAGGAUUCAAGUCCCAGUACGCUGAGGGUAUUUUGUGCAAGAGAAAGUCUUGGCAAAUCAAGUCAAAGCAUGCAGUGACGGCUGUAUUGGCAGCAAAAGACCAUUUUCGUCGAGACAAUGCACUGUUCUUGACGCCGGUUGCUAUAGCCUGCUAGUUGCUUUUGACUGUCUAUCUAUUACAGCAUCUCUACGAAGAAGAAAGGAUAACUACUUUCCUUGUCGAAAGGGUAGCAGUGGAACAGUGGAACAAUAGAUAGUAGAGUUAGUUGGAUUCCCUCUUUCUUCCCACUUUUUCCUGUCGAGUCCUUUGUUCCUUCUUCUCAACAUGUCGGCUUCCCGAAACAACGAUACCAACGACAACAGCAAUAUCCAACAUCAACAAGGAAGUUUGGGUGGAAAGGACUAUGAUGUGAGCAAUGGCUACGACAAUGAGUAUACCGAUAAAGAUCCCGCGUCGAUCCAACACGAAUACCAACAGCGGUACAGCAAUAGCCAGGAUGAAGGACACCUCGAACACACCUACCAACAACACAAUUAUACAGUCACAGCUGCACCUGAAGCUAGCGCGGAUGUCGGCUUUGGGGUAGCUAUCAUUUCGAAUACCAACAACAACCAAGGCAAUACCACAACCAUGUACGUGGAACCUCCCCGAAACUGGGUUGUCGUUGGGAUCCUGAUUGCCUUGAUCGUCAUGCUGUGGGUCAUUCUGGGUGGGAUGCUCUGUUAUCCACUGGUGCGAUUCAUCAAGCGGAGAAUGCCUGUUAGCAAAAGACGUAUCAAUCGAAGAUAUGAUACCAUUGAAGGAUGGCUCAUCACAAAGGUUGUCAGACCCCACGACGAAGGCUGCGAAAGGAUUCAAACGAGAUAUUCCAAAACACAACAACCAGCAUCGCUGCCAUCAGAGGAAUCCCUUGCACCAACAGAGAACACCCCUACGGAUAAUACUGCCACGGAUCCCAAACAAGCCUCUUGUUCUACGGAUGACACUGCCGAUGUUGAGAAUCAAGUACCUUUCGGCAUCUCCACGGCCCCAUGCAUGAAACACGCCGAAUCUACCACCACAGCCGAGACGCUCCUCUCAGUGGACAGCUUUGAGUCUUCCUGUUUGGGCGGCGAUCAUAACUACGAUCAUGGCACUGAGGAUCAUGACGAAAAUGAAGGAUACAACGACGACGAUGAUGGUUGCCGCGAAUGUCCCGUUUGCAUGGAAGCCUUUGUUGUGGAGGAUGUGGUGUCUUGGAGUUCCUACGAAAGUUGUUCUCAUGUAUACCAUCAUCAAUGCAUCAAGGAAUGGUUGCUACGACACAACAACUGCCCCUUUUGUCGAGAGAUCUUUCUGCCCGUUGAUCGCUAUCAGAAAAAGAUCACCAUGAAGGUAUUCAAAGAAUUGUCCGAUCUAAGAGCAAGAAGAGCUGAACGAACGUACUUUUGUAUUCAAGAUGGAUUAGUCACGGUGCCAAUAGCAUCAUCAGACUCGAACGUACAACCGUCUUGUGACAACAAUACAAGCAAACGACGACUGUCCGAUGUAACCACCAAAUCCGACAAAGACUACAACGACAUUAGUGCGUCUUCUCCGGCACCGGCUGCUACGAAUACGAAUUCGACCACCAGUAUGAUUCUUCUCAAGUGCGGCCACAUCAAAGCAGGAGUGGGAGGCGUCACAUCCGAUACACCCACAGCAGCGCGCUAUUACUCCCAACUCUUUAAGGAAAAGCUCAAGCCGGGCAUUACCAAGGCAGAGUUGAAGAAACUUCGUGGAGAUCGGUGCGAAAAGAUUUGCUUUGGAGAAGGAACGGAAAUCUUGGAUGGCAACGAGGAUCACGCAAUGGAACAAGCAUCUUCAUUGCAACAACAAAGCAACAGCGACGACGACGACAACAACAGCAGCAGCAGUACAACAACAACGAGCGCACCCGAACACGUGGCUGAGUCUGUGAAGAGUGGUGGUGCCUCCGUGGAUGCUGAUGCUGACGCUGACGAUUUUGAUGGUGCGGUCGCAGAAACUGGAAACGUAGAGGUUGAUGUGGAGAUUGGCAUUGUGGAGGACGUGCAAGCAAUACAAUCAUCACCGGGCAGUGCCGAACCGACACAUCUAUCCGCGACGGCAGCGGCGCUUGACUCCGAGGAAAGAACCCCUUCGUCAUCGGCAAGUGAGCACGCGUUAGAGAUGAUAUCACCAGCCGUUGCGAUUUGCGACGGUGCAUCCUCCGAGGAAGAAGAAGAGCAAGAGGGCAAACCACUAGCACGUCGAAGUUGGCGUCGUCCGAGACGCCUGGGCUCAUUUUGAGCUGGACGCUCCAAGAGGUCGCGAUGAAAACCCUUGGAGUUAUUGCCAUUGUUUGUCAUCACUAUGUGCAUGUUCAGGUACGACUGUUGUAGACUAUAUUGAUAAUGGAGGUAGCUAGUCACCUACUGUCAGUUGGCAGUGUCAAUGGUGUUGUACGUGCGUGGAGCCGAAUGGCACGAGCAUUUUGAUCUGCUGUGGGGUCUGAACAGAUGGGCAGCUCUCCGUUUUGGCCACCAGGUACCGGUACCGUAGCCUUGAUUGACAUGGAUGCCUUCUAUUACCGGUAGUCCACGUGCACUGUAGCCUCAGUGCUCGCGAGCUCCUUCUCUUCAAACUAGCUGAAGAUGCAGCAUUCCCCUUCAAACUGGCUUGUGGGCCCGGGGCCCACAGAUGCUACCGGUAGCUCUUAGCUGUAGUACCUGGUCGCACCAUUUCUUUGUGAUUGGUCUGCUCAGCAUCACCCUAGAGCUACGAGUACUACCUGGUACUAGCUACAGUAGUACUCAUGAGCCCACCAGUGC